AUGGCUUCCCUAAACGCCAACAGGGGAGCGGCGUCGGCUUCGACGGUCUACGACCCGUACAAGAUCUUCCAAGCCGCGCAGCGCUGCAUGGGAGACCCUUCGGUCGUGGCCAAAGUUCUGGUCGAGCUCCUCGGCGACUGCGCGACUCCGGACGUGCUCAUGGCGUCCGCGGCGAGCGUUCUCGAGAUCUACUACGGGGGCGGCGGGCUGCGGAAGACGAGCAUGACGGACUUCGGCAAGUUUGCGGGGGAACUGGCCGAUGAGCUAGGCGCGCGCAACAGUACCCAGGCGGAGGAGAAGAUGAAGGAGGCCCAGAGCGUAUACGAGCUGUUCGAGGAGGCCGACACCGAUAACUCGGGCACCAUCUCCAAGCAGGAGUUCUGCGUGUUCGGGAGCAACAUCGACGUCUCGUCCGACGAGGAAGCGUUGGAGCUGUUCGCCAGGGUAGACACGGACAAAAACGGCGUGAUCUCGUUCCUUGAGUGGCUCCAGUUCUGCGUCCCGGGGCCCGGCCGCGACCCGAAUAGCUUCAACUGCGCGGGGCAACACGGCCUUCAAUCCUGCGCGGCCCCCGCCGACGACACUACCUGCAACUGGUGCGGCAGCAAGUGGCCGGCGGGGAGCCGGAUGUUCUCCUGCCGGGAGUGCGAUUGCGACGCGUGUCUGGAGUGCGCAAUCCUGCACCUGCAGAGCUGCGACACCCGCAUCUUCUGCGAGAGAGCGGUGGUGGACCCGUCCAAGACCUCGGCAAGGUCUUGCGCGGUGUGCGAGAGGGAGGCGUCGCCGGCGUCGGACGGGGAAGACGAGGAAGACGAGGAAGCAGCGUAACGAUAUUUUAUUGCCUUGGGUGGUUGUCGUUUUGCCCAGUUGUAGUAAUAGUCACACCACGAGGACAGAUAGACCUUGUUCCCGGAGAGCUGUUGACGUGCUAUCGAUGAAUCACAAUUGUUUUGGCUAGUAUCACAUGUUGCGGAAUGCCGUUGCUCUAUAUUGUUUGCGUUUACGGCUGGAUUCGAGCGCGACAUGCGCCAGAGAAUUCGCGCCGCCGGUGCCUAGAGGAACGGGAGGUGGGGGACGAGGAUCCAGCAAUGAAAAGUUAAAGUUCAGAAGCGGACCGUAAUGGCCCGACUUGUAAGAUUUGUUGCGUUGACAAGCUUUGAUUGACUGCAUCUCGCGCCAGGAAAACUUUCGUCAUCAGGGGCACGCGUGUGGGCGAGUAGUGUGCCUGGCCUUCCUUGACGCCAUGUCUAGCAUGCCGUGCUGUUCUGAAAAAGCGGGUCCGUCUCUCCCUCGCCCGAGCAAGUUCGAGAGAGAGAAAGCGAGAGAGAGAGAGAGAGAGAGAUCUGUCAUGUCAGCUUGGAAGGCAUCGAGGACAGUGUUGUAUUGCUGGGGCUUUGCGUGAACCCGCCGCCACCUGCUCAAGAUGAAGAAUCAGCGCGGUGCGAGGCCAACGAUAUGACCUGAUCGUACGAUGCCUUUGCUUCACCGUUAGAGGCUUGGGGGGUUAGUUAGUAUAUUUAUUGUGUGCGAGGAGGGGUUAUUGGUUUGGAGAGAGGCAAUCAGUGUCUCCUGAGAGGGUGAAUCGUAAGAAUGGGACAGUAGGUUGCAAGGGUAAAGAAUCGCGCUUACAGCAAGCGGAAGGUGCCGUUGUCCCCGCCGGUGCAAUCUAUCCGUUGAAACGGCCCAGCGUUUAUCGUGGAGGCUGUCAUGCUUGCGGUGUGUGUGUGGUUGCCGGUGUCCUUGUUCAUGUUCUACGUGUUGUGGACAUUCCCUAUCCUGCCUUCUAGAGCUACCAAUGAUUGUGUGGAGGACGACCCCGUGGAAACAAGGUUCUUGGGGCCAGGAACAAGCAGGUGCCUCCCCGAUGGCCACGUAGGCCACCAUCGACACGUUCCGCUCCGCGAGGCCUCUUCGGAGGAGAACAUAGGCAGGGUAGGACGUCGGAAGGGCCACGGCUCUCCCACGCGUCCGUUGCUACAAAACACUGGGUCAGGUCAAGGCCUUGCCUGGUUGGUGUUUUUCGGUCCUUGCGUCUCCGAUUUGUAUUUCACCGUCGGCAGACGCACUUGCCACAGGAGAAAAAGAGAGGAAAUUGCUGGCGAGGGGGGGGGGGGGGGGGAG